CACGUGGCCCAGUCCUCUGGGACAGAGGAGACCGGAGGGCCAUGGCAGGCUCCAGGCUCUGGUUUUCGCUGCUGCUGGCGGCAGCGUUUGCUGGGCUGGCCACGACCUUGUGGCCUUGGCCCCAGUACAUCCAGACAUCCGACUGUCACUACACCAUCUUCCCGCACAACUUCCAAUUCAAGUACGACGUCAGAUCGGCCGCGCAGUCGGGCUGCUCCGUCCUCGACGAGGCCUUCCAGCGCUACCGUGACCUGCUCUUCGGUUCCGAGCCUUGGCACCGGCCCGCCCCGACAGGAGAACAGCACACAUUGGAGACGCAUUCAUUGGUUGUCCAUGUGGUCACUCCUGGAUGUGACCAGCUUCCUUCUUUGGAGUCACUGGAGAAUUACACCCUGACCAUAAACAACGAGCAGUGUUUCCUGCAGUCUGAAACUGUCUGGGGAGCUCUCCGAGGUCUGGAGACUUUUAGUCAGCUUGUCUGGAGAUCUCCUGAGGGCACGUUCUUUAUCAACAAGACAGAGAUUGAGGACUUUCCCCGCUUCCCUCACCGAGGCUUGUUGUUGGAUACAUCUCGGCAUUACCUCCCGCUGCCUAACAUCCUGGACACUCUGGACGUCAUGGCGUACAAUAAAUUCAAUGUGUUCCACUGGCAUCUGGUUGAUGACCCUUCCUUCCCCUAUGAGAGUUUCACUUUUCCAGAGCUCGCCAGAGAGGGGUCCUACAACCCUGCUACCCACAUCUACACAACACAGGAUGUGAAGGAGGUGAUUGAAUAUGCACGGCUUCGGGGUAUCCGUGUGUUGGCAGAAUUUGACACUCCUGGCCACACUCUGUCCUGGGGAAGAGGUGUCCCUGGAUUAUUGACUCCUUGCUACUCUGGGUCUCAACCCUCUGGCACCUUUGGACCAGUGAAUCCCAUUCUCAACAGUACCUAUGAGUUUAUGAACACAUUUUUCUUGGAGGUCAGUUCUGUCUUCCCGGAUUUUUACCUUCACCUUGGAGGAGAUGAGGUUAACUUCGCCUGCUGGAAGUCCAACCCAGAUGUCCAGGCCUUUAUGAAGAAGAAAGGCUUUGGUAAUGACUUCAAACAGCUGGAGUCCUUCUACAUCCAGACGCUGCUCGACAUCGUCUCUGACUAUGGCAAGGGCUAUGUGGUGUGGCAGGAAGUGUUUGAUAAUAAAGUAAAGGUUCGGCCAAACACAAUCAUCCAGGUGUGGCGAGAAGAGGCGCCGGUAAGCUAUCUGAAGGAGCUGGCGCUGAUCACCCAGGCUGGUUUCCGGGCCCUGCUCUCUGCCCCCUGGUACCUGAACCGCAUAAGUUAUGGCCCUGACUGGGAGGACUUUUACAUGGUGGAUCCCCUGUCAUUUGAAGGCAGUCCUCAGCAGAAGGCUCUGGUGAUUGGCGGAGAGGCCUGUAUGUGGGGAGAGUAUGUGGACAGCACAAACCUGGUCCCCAGACUCUGGCCGAGAGCAGGGGCUGUUGCUGAGAGGCUGUGGAGCAGCAAGGCGGUGACUGAUCCAGACUUUGCCUUUAAACGUCUGGCACACUUCCGCUGUGAGCUGCUGAGGCGAGGUGUCCAGGCCCAGCCGGUCAGUGUAGGCUACUGUGAGCAGGAGUUUGAGCAGACCUGAGCGAACAGCCCUGGGCUCCAAGGAGAGUGCUGGCCUCAGGAGAGCGGCGGUGGGGCCGGGCUCCCUCUGCAUCCCAGCCGGGGGUUGGAGCCCUUGCCCACGUGCCGCUGUGCCUGGAGAGAAGGGGACUGCUGCUGGUGUCCAAUAAAGAGUGAUGUGGCAUUUUUCUACAGUGACCAUGGAUUACCUGUGUAACAAAAAAAAGUGAGUGGCCCUGGGGUAGGAGAGCUCCCAGAACUGGCCUUCUGCUCCUGCGAGAGGUGGGUUCAGUGUCAGCUCCUGGAGGGACUAUAAGUUGAGGGCUGAGAGGCCUUUGUGCUGUCCUGCCUCUUCCACCCUCACACAUUGCCCAGAUACACACACACACCCCCCAGCCUGGAGUCACUUCUGUCCAACUAGGGAGGUCACUUAGACCUCCCAGGCUUCUAUAUGUGUAAGAAGCUAUAGGGGUUCAAAGAAGUCCUGGGAGGUGGCAAGAGCUCCAGACCCAACGUGGUCACAGAAUAUCCACUCCCCCAACGCAUGCUCACACGUUUCCUCCCCAAAGAAGAACCUUUCUUCUGCUUUGAGUCUCUUGUUACUUCAACUUCAUGCAACCAUUAUUUAAAUGUUAUAGAACCUAUAGUAUGGCACUGUGCUGGAUGUUGAAUAUGAAGGACCUGGUCCCAAGAGGCCUUGGUCAACUCCCCAAAAAGCCAGCAACUUCCAUCCCUCCACCUAUGUUCAGCCCAAUGACACCAUUUCAGAGGAUCGAUGGCACAGCUGAGACCAUGAGAAGAAAGUCCUGGGGGUUCAGGAGGUGGGCAUGUGGCUCUGAAAGAGAGUCUUUGCACAAGUGACCAGUUUUCCCUAGGAGGAAGCAGCUCACCGUGGACCCAGGCUGCCCCCUGGUGGUUUCGGGGUCAGAGGAACAGUGCAGCCCGUGCUGGUGCAGUAGUGGGCAGCAGCUGUUCAGGAUGAGGAUUGCUUUCACCAUUAUUUAAGUUCUUUUUCCUGGUCCUGGGAUGGAAGGACAAUGGAGAGGUUCUUAGGCAUUUCUUUCAGAAAGUUUCCAGGCUUGUGGACUCAGAAACUUGGGAAAGGCAGGCCUGAUAAGGGAUCUGAGUAAAAUUUGGCCCUUUAACAGGAUCCUUCAGUCCUUCUAUUAUUCUCCUUUGGGGACCUGGUUUGAGGUACACCAGUCCUGCCUUCUUGCACUGUUUCUGUAGGGACAGGCUGGGCAUCUUCGACCUACAGAGCCCUCUUGGAGACAGGGUUUUCACAUGGCCCAGAGUAGCCACACCCAAGGCUCUGGCCUGGAGAGACACCAGCUGCCUUACCCGAGGAGCCCCCUUACCUCCAUUACCCAGAGAAUCCUGUGGGAUGGUCCCAGGCAAGGGCCCUGCAGGGGUGCUGCUCUACUUCAGUUUGCCCCUACAUCCUUCUUGAUCAUAACUAUAACAUUACUGUUGUUUGGGAUAAUGGUAAAUAAAAAGAUCAGCCAGUAAUUAAGUCGUGUCAAGUCAAUGAAGGAACCAACCAUGAAAAGAUAUGUGUUAAAGCAGCAGGUUCAAUGAUUUUUAUUCCUGUUGUAAACAUUUUGCUUAAUGUUGUUAUUUUUAUAAUUUAAAAACAUUCAGUGUGGCCCAAUCAAGCCCUUCAGUGGUGGGAUGUGGUUUCCAAACUUCACCUCUGCUCCUAUGAGCCCAAAGAUCAUCAGACUUCGAACUGCUGACCACAGCAACAGCCCAUUCCGUCCCAGUGCUUCCCCACCUCAGCUCCCUUCCCCUGGACUGUGGAUCUAGUGCCUCACCCUGCCCACAGCCACACUGCACCGGCUUGCCUGUUCUCUUGGCACCACCGGGGGGACGGAGAAGAGCCCAAACUUAUUUCCUGGUGCCAAUCACAGGGCACAAAGAGUCUGCCCCGUGCUCCUGUAAAUCUCCUAAGGACGCAAAGCAGGCCCAGUGGAAAUAAAAGCAAAGGAGUGAAUGGAGGCUGGGAGGACAUUCAGCUCCCCUCAUCGGUAAGAGUUGAGGCCAUGUGCCAGGUACUCCUUCCUUUUUGAAAUUGGGUGUUUCAGGUGCAUCUCAGUGGACUAGCACAGGGAUGGAUGGCAAAGGAUUUAUGUACAGGUGCUCCACAACACCAGGGAUGGGGUCAGCGAGGGGGCGGUGAAAGCCAAAUGAUAACUGGGAAAGGGUGAAGAAAAGAUUAUGAGUAUAAACUGAAUUUAUAUAAAUGUAGGUAUGCACACCUGCUGGCAACAUUAUUAGCACUCUGAAGUUUAGAUUUUUGUACCUCUUGUCAAUGCCAUUUGUAAGAUUGGGCCAUGAAGUUGUGUACCAUAUAACUUCUUUUUCCACUAAGAAAAGUAGGAAUUGGGUGCUUUGUCUAUUAAAAUCACUCUGUGUUUUUUCCUUUUUAAAAAAAUUAACCCUGAAGGUUUGAAAAUUAGUAUCCUUUUAUACCAACUGUUAAUAUACAUAUAACAUAAACCCAUAUUAAUUCAUUUCAAUAA